AGACCAAUUUAUCUGAACAAUACACGAUUUGCCGGCCUUGAGGUGAUCGUCUUCAAUCGCCCAACCCGAGUGUGCACAGAGCAAAUGAUGCCCCUACUGCGGCAGCUCUCUACCAUGAACGACAUGAAUGUGGUGCUCAAUGGACCAGUGCGAACCAUGAACCGAACCCGCACCGAGAAACAACAGGAGACCGAAAUUGCUUGGACAACCGAAUUAGAGAGUGGAACGCUCUAUAUAGCCCAUUCCAAUUGGCUGGACUUUAAGUCGUUCGGUUACAAGAAGCCCAUAUACCUGUCGAUGGUGAGAGAUCCCAUAGAUCGUGUGGUGCACGACUAUUAUAAGCGUCAUUCGAGGACGAAGCGUCAGAUCUAUCGCCGCAUGUUUCCAGGACAACGUGAGAGACCCGAAGAAUGGUACCUCCAGAGCUUUAAUCAGUGCGUUCGAAACGGCAGCCCAGAGUGCCAGUUUAUCCAGCACUCGGUCACGGACUAUGUGGAGGACUUCAAGAGGCAGUCACUAUUCUUCUGCGGCAAUCAUCUGAAUUGUUUGUGA